AUGAGCACAGCAGGCCAGGGAAGUAAAAUAUUGAUCUCCCCCUUUCCAUCUUUCUUUCUUUUUUUUCCUCUCUCUCUCUUUCUUUCUUUCUCCGUCUCUCCCUCCGUAUCACCCCUCUCCAGUUACCUUACUGACCUCUCUCUCUCUCUCUCUCUCUCUCUCUCUCUAUCAUUUUCUUCUCUCUCUCUGUGUCCCUAUCAUUUUCUUCCCUGUGUCCCUAUCAUUUUCUUCCCUGUGUCCCUAUCAUUUUCUUCCCUGUGUCCCUAUCAUUUUCUUCUCUCGCUCUCUCUCUCUCUCUGUCCCUAUCGUUUUCUUCUCUCUCUCUGUCCCUAUCAUUUUCUUCUCUCUCUCUCUCCCUAUCGUUUUCUUCUCUCUCUCUCUCCCUAUCGUUUUCUUCUCUCUCUCUCUCUCUCUAUCUCUAUCGUUCUCUCUCUCUGUGUCCCUAUCAUUCUCUCUCUCUCUCUGUGUCCCUAUCGUUCUCUCUCUCUCUCUCUCUCUCUCUCUCAGGCUAUCGUUUUCUCUCUCUCUCUCUAUCUCUCUCUCUCAGGCUAUCGUUUUCUCUCUCUCUCUCUCUCUCUCUCUCUCUCUCAGGCUAUCGUUUUCUCUCUCUCUCUCUCUCUCUCUGUGGUUAUUGUUCUCUCUUUCAUAAUUUUACUCUUAAAUAUAUCUCACUCUUAUAUGUGCACUCACCCAUUCAAAGAUUUUAUUUCUCUCUCUUUCUCUCUCUCUCUCUUAACCUCCAACUUUCUCUCCCUUUCUCCUCUUUCUCUCUCCUCUUUCUCUCUCCUCUCCCUCCCUCCUCUUUCUCCCUCCCUCCUCUUUCUCCCUCUCUCCUCUCUCCCUCUCUCCUCUCUCCUUUCUCUCCUCUCUCCUUUCUCUCCUCUCUGUCCCUCUCUCUCUAUUUCUCUACUUUCUCUCUUUAUUUCUCUGCUUUCUUCCUCUUUCUUCACUUUCUCUCCCUCCUCUUUCUCUCUCCUUCUCCUCUUUCUCUCUCCUUCUCCUCUUUCUCUCUCCUUCUCCUCUUUCUCUCCCUCGCUCCUCUUUCUCUCCCUCUUUCCUCUUUCUCUCUCUCCUCUUUCUCUCUCUCUCCUCUUUCUCUCUCUCUCCUCUUUCUCUCUCUCUCCUCUCUCUCCUUUCUCUCUCUCUCUCCAUUCUCUCUCUCUCCUCUUUCUCUUCUUUGUCUCUUUCUUACCCCUCAACUUUCUUCCACUCUCUCCUCUUUCUCUCUUGUUCUCUUAA